AUGGCGAUCGCGAUCUCACAGGCGGUACUUGCGCAUCGAAACUCUGCCGCGACAUUCACGGUGCCCGGCUCGACGCAGCAACUCAAAUUCCAUAAUUACAGGGUAACCGGAAACAUGAUCAGCGGGUAAGUCGUGAUGUUUAUCUUCGGUUACGGGCUUCCCCCUGUCUAUCAGCUCCUUAUUAUUUCAUGCAUGAAGGUGUUGUUUGGUCGCUUUCCCCCUACACAUAUCACUAAAAAACUGAACUUUACUGCCACCAACCCUGCACCUGGGACCCCCCCCCUUUCCACCGAAACGACAUUUAUUCUCUUUUGUUUCAGGGCCGCACAACAACACAAAAAGCGGCUGAUCCCGCUGCGUCGGACCGACGCGAUGACGUUGGCCGAACGUCGCAACUAUCAGGUCCUCGACGACAUUUUUCGGGCCGGCGGGCCCGAUUGCUUUCAGCAAGUCACGCCGAACAGUAUGGGCAACGACGGAGAUCCGUUGUUCCUGCGGCUCAACAUCGGCGGCACCAGUUUUAUGCUGCUAAUCGAUGCGAUCCUUCGCGCCGAGACGACUACAUUUCUGUCGCGCUUCAUCCAACUCACGCACACCGCCAGAUUAAAAGUGAGCAAAGAGCGGCGAAACGGAUUAUCGCAUUAUCUUUUUUUUUGUUCCAGGUCGCCGACGCGUAUAUUGCCUCUGAAGACGCCUACUAUUUUCAACGAUCACCGACCUCAUUUGAGGCCAUCUUUCAGUACUACGCAACCGGAGUCGUCCAUCGACCUUCCGAAGUAAGAGCGAUGAAGCGGAAAAGUCACAUGCCACGCACAUACACACAUAUUUCUCAGAUUUGCCCCGCCUCGUUUCUGAGCGAGCUCGACUUUUGGCGAAUAUCGCAUCAGCAUGUCGGCUCGUGUUGCGCCGAUAUCAUUCCGCAAAAGAGGGAAGAAGAAAAAGAAGAGGAAAAAGUGAUUGGGGGAGCUGGAAUAUUAACUAUUAGAUUACUUCCAGGUCGAUGACAACACAUUCGAUAAGCUCAUGUGUGGAAAGUUACGGAGGCGGAUGUGGACGUUUCUCGAAAGACCCGGCUCUUCGAUGCAAGCGAAAGCUUUUGAGCUGUCUUCGACUCUUUUCGUGGCGAUUUCAGUCAUGGGACUCUCGUUUGGGACCAUACCGGACUUUCAGGUAGAAUGCGUUGAAGUAUCAUUCGUAAUCAUUAUUUUGUAGGUGACUCAUUUGAUGCCCCCACACGAUGAAACAGUAGUGUUGCCGAAUGGAACAGCGACGAUCGUGCAGAAAGUCGAACAGAUGCGAGUGGAACAUCCGGCUUUUGUGUUCACGGAACGGAUAUGCAUCGCCUUCUUCACCGUCGAAUACUGUCUUCGAUUUUUCGCCGCACCCAGGAAGCUAAGAUUCGCGCUGAAGCCGUUGAACUUGGUGGAUCUCCUGGCCAUCGUCCCAUUCUAUCUGGAACUAUUGCUGACUCUCUGCGGAGUGGACGACCGAAAACUGAGAGAUCUGCGAUGGGCGUUCCUGGUGGUCAGAAUUCUGCGAGUGCUGCGAGUCAUUCGAAUCAUCAAGCUCGGAAGGUUCUCCUCGGGACUUCAAACGUUUGGAAUGACACUUCAGCGGUCACAAAAGCAGUUGCAAAUGAUGACAAUUGUGCUGCUGACAGGAGUGGUCUUUUUCUCGACCAUGAUCUAUUUCCUGGAGAAGGACGAGGAGAAAACGCCGUUCACGAGUAUCCCGGCAGCCUAUUGGUGGUGCAUAGUCACAAUGACAACUGUGGGCUAUGGAGACGCGGUACCAGCGACUACCAGUGAGUUUUCAACAAACUUUUAUGAUGAAAACCAACGAUAUUUCAGUGGGAAAGAUCAUUGCCUCGGCGGCGAUCAUGUGUGGAGUAUUGGUACUCGCCCUGCCUAUCACUAUUAUUGUCGACAACUUUAUCAAAGUGGCACAGGACGAGCAGCAAGCAGAGCAGCAGAAAAUCGACCAGCACAGCGAGCAAGUUGCUCUGGAGGCGAUGCUCACUGCGAACUAA